CUCUUCCUUAAAGCCGAGCUUAUAGUAUGCCGUACAAAAAUCUUCUCUAAACCCAAUCUUCUUGUCUCUUUCCUCUGAUUCGCCGAGAAGCGGGAGAUAGUGGCUGUAGUCGUCCUAUGUUGUAAGCAUUCCUCUCAUCGGGGAAACUACACAUCACAUCAGUUGCAUCACACUUUAAAUUUGUUUCAUUCUCCCCCGUUUCUCAAUCCUUCCCUUUUUGCCAAUUCUAUUCAAUUCAGAAAACCGCAUUCACAGUUGAUCAAGAGUUUUUUUCUGCGGGUGUGUGUGUGUGUGUCUGUGUGUCUGAUUCACCCUCGGCCCUUGCUCUUCUACUUGACUGCAUUCAUUGACCUCUAUAUAUCCGUUUGAAUUCAUUCCUGUCACGUCCCUUGAAGGUUUUGUAAAUCACACCAUGAUCCAACAUGGUUUCCCCAUUAGCUUCUCGAUCCCUUUCACCUUUUUAAAUUCUUCCGAUCAAAUUAGCUCAGCUACCUACCUUUCUUUUCUAUUUCUAUCCACUUCGCUUCUUCACGCCAUCGUACGACAACGAGAGCCUACAUUUUUUGUUUAUCUCUUCAGUGUACUACUUACGUUAGUGGGCUUGGGGUGGAUUCUUGAAAGCUUCUGUAAGGCUGUGAAGCAUGUGAUUCUUCUCAACGCAUCUCUUGGAUUACAUUUGGGAUUCUAUCGAUUAGCAUGGCAUCCUUUACGUCAUUUUCAUGGACCUCCUAUAGCUGCUUUAAGUCAAUUCUGGAUUCUUAGAGAAGCUUAUCUUGGAAGGAAUAGAUUUACUAUGCGUAGCUUGGGUGAAGAGUAUGGAGAUUGGGUGAGAAUCGGUCCUAAUGAGCUUUAUACGACUAGUAUUGAGGCUUUAUGGACGAUUAUGGGACCAAGAGGAUGGGCCAAAGGGAAUGCUUACAGUAGUGGAAUCACGAAGACUCGAGAGGGAAGUGAUAGUCUCUUAACGCUCAAAACACUUUCUGAGCAUGCUCCUCGAAGACGCAUUUGGGAUAAAGCGUUUACGCCCCGGGCAAUCUCAUCUUACAUACCAUCACUCGAAGUGCGUAUGGAUCAGUUACUUGAAGUACUUCAAAACCACGUCAAGGAGGACAAAAAUGUAGAUUUUGGACUUCAAUUGGGCUACUUGAUGUAUGACACGAUGUCUGAUAUGGCCUUUGGAAGUGGUAUAGAUUUACUUAAACUACAGAAUGAUGAACGUAGAAUAUUAUAUCACCUAACUAGAGUUGUACAACAAGCUGGAAUUCUUCGAAACGUACCUUGGUUAACACCGGUGGUUAAUGUGCUUCCUACUUCUCAGAGGAAAGAACAAAUGGAAUUUAGGGAGUUUGGAAAAUCUAUGUUGAUGCGUAGAUAUAAUCAAGGUCUAGGAUCAGAGAUUGAUGUGUUUCAUUACUUGCUAGGGGAAGACACGGAGACGGGAAGUAGGCUCCAAAUGUCCGAGCUUGCGGCGGAUUCAACUUUGGUCAUCAUAGCUGGAUCAGAUACGACUCGGAUAACACUCAUAGCUCUCUUCAUGUAUCUCAUCAGAUCAACAGAAUGCAUGAAACGUUUACAAACCGAACUUGACAAGAUCGCACCAGAUCUCACACCUGCAAGUCUAGCCAAAUUAGAAUAUUUGAAUGCAUGUAUCAAAGAAGUUACAAGACUACAACCUCCAUCUCCUUCAAGUUUACAAAGAAUCUGUCCUCCUGAUGGAGCCGUGAUUGAUGGUAAGAAGAUACCAGGAGGUACAAAGGUUAGGUUUAGUAAUUGGGCAAUGCAUCGUGAUCCUCGUUAUUUUAGUGAUCCGGAUAGGUUUAAUCCAGAUCGUUGGAUCCUCCCCACUUCGACUUCUCAACGUCAUGAUAUUAGAGCUUUCUUUCCAUUUCUGAUUGGACCAGGUACAUGUGUGGCUAAGAACAUGGUACUCGUGGAAAUUAGAAUGGUAGUUGCAAAUGUUUUGACAAAAUACAAUUUAGAAUUUGCUCAAGGGUUUAAUGAUCAAGAAUACGAAAAGAGUUGGACAGACGCAUAUUUAAUGGCCAUCGAAAAUCCAUUUUGGAUUAAAUUUACACCUAGAGAGAUUCACUCAAAGAUGUAUAAAGAAUGAAAGAUUUUGAAGAAGAAAUGAUGAAAUUGAGAAUCGAAAGAGAUGAUUUUUUUAUAAAAAGAAUAUAUGUUGUUCUUGUUUUGUUUUUUGUCAUGAUUUUUCUUUGAUGGUUUGUAUUUUGAUUCUUGGAGGUUGUAGAUACUUAUACACUUCUUGCGUUGUUUUUUUCUUCGGAGUUUUAUUGUACUUUUCUUACUUGUAUUUCGGGUAAAUGUCAUAUUCACUCACCUUUAGAUUCAUCCUUCGAAUUUAUCACACUGGAACAGGUUAGAACUCUUGGGGGUUCUAGUUUGGGCGUUUGACAAAUGUAAUGGAUUGUAUAGCAGAUGAUUAUCAUUGAUUGUUUCUUUGUUGGUGAAUAAACCACGGGGUUUCUAUU